UAUCCCCCAGCAGCUCCUCGAGGAGCUGUUGGGGGACAGCAUGGCCCUCGAGGCUGAACAGGUCCAGAGGAUGAACCAGCCCGCCCACCUGAGCUGGGAGAUGGAGCAGCAGUCAGAAGCCUCCAGCCGGAUUCUAGAGGUGAGAAGAGAGAACAAGGGCGCGGCACAGGAGCUGCAGGGGGGCCCCAUCGCCCUGCAGGAAAGCAGCACUAAGUACAGGGAGCUGAAAGAGGAGAACCAGCAGCUCCGGAAGGAGAUGGAAGAGUUGCGGUUGCAGCUAUUGCAGGAAAAGGACAACAACCGGGAGUGGGAGACCUUCGCUGAGGAGCUCGUGAAAGAACUAGAGCAGCUGUGCCGUGAAGUGGACACCCUGAAGGCAGACAGAGCCCUGCAGAUGUUGGAGUUGGAGAGGCAACUGCAAAUAGAAAAGGACAACAGCCAGAAGUUAGAGAACAUCAGUAAGGAGCUAUUGAAAGACCUAAAUCGGGUGCUCGACACAGUAGACACCCUACAGGCGAAGGCCCCACAGAUGUUGCUGUUGGAGUGGCAACUGCAAAUAGAAAAGGACAACAGCCAGAACUUAGAGAACAUCAAUAAGGAGCUAUUGAAAGACCUAAAACAGGUGCUCGACGCAGUAGACACCCUACAGGCAAAGGCCCCACAGCUGGACCCCUCCCUCCUGGCCUCCAAGAACCGGCAGGCGGCCAAGGAGAGGGAGUGUGAGGAGCUGUACGAGCUGCUGGAGCAGCUGAUUCAAGUCCACGAGGCCCUGCGGCAGGACCACGCAAGCCUGGGGGCGCUCCAUGACCAGCUGUCUGGGCAGUACCAGGCCCUCGUGGAGGAGCACAGCCGCCACAAGACCCUGCUGCGCCGUUCCCUGGAAAUGGCGAGCAAGGCGUUCGGGCGUAGGUGGGUGCCGGCAACGGUCCGGGUGACUGGCGAGCUCUCCAGGCUCCCGUCCCCCUUUGCUCUGGCCCCUCGUGGUUCCCCUGGAUCUGCUGCUUCACAGGAAGAGAAGUGAAUGGAACGUCCCCCUCAGCGAUGUGGGGUGGGUGCAGCUGGAGGCUGAGGGGCAGGAGGGUCCCUGAGGGGAGAUGGGUGUGCCCAGCCGAUCGCGGCUCAGGGAAACCAUGUGUCAGCAUUGGGGUCCCUGCACCCCUGGGGAUUCCUGCCCCCUCUUCCUCUUCCUCUUUCUCUUCCCUCCAACCAAGAACAAGGAGGGCCGUUCACCACAGCUGCCGAUUUACAGGGACGUGCCUUGCCAGCUUCCAGGCCUUUUCUUCCCUGUCAAAGUCUCAGAGUCUGUGCUUCUGUGUGUGUGUGUGUGUGUGUGUGUGUGUGUGUGUGUGUGUGUUUAACUUUUAAUUUUGGAAACUUUUGAAUGUAUGGAAAUGUACAGAAUUGUGUAGUGAGAGCCCCAUGUACUCAUCCCUGACGUCAGUACUUGAAUA